GAACUGACCUGUUCAUAUCAAUGAAGCUGACUGUUCUGAUUGUCAUCUGGGCACUCUCCAGCACAGCUGGAGCCCUUCAGUGUCAAACCUGCAUAGAUGAGAAGUGUUCAAGCACAGUACCACUUACAUGUACUUCAGAGAUGAUGUGUGUUACAGCUACUAUUUUAGCUACCUCAUCUAGGACUAAAGGAAAACAAAUCUACAAGGCAUGUGCAUCUUCCUCCUUGUGUCCAUCUACGGGCUCUCAGACAUUUUCGAUUGACUUGGGGGUUCGAAGGGCGCUUACAUCUGCCACGUGCUGCAACAUGGAUAACUGUAACUCAAAAACUCUGGCUGCCCCUACUCCUCAGUCACAUAAUGGCCGACAAUGUAACAUUUGUUCCACCCCUCUGUGCAACACUCCGUUACAGUGUCAGGGAGUGGAGGACCAAUGCAUUCAAUCAAUCAGUCAGUCUUUCUCAUGUAUUCUUUAACAAAGAGCAUCUCUAAAUUUGUCUUUAAAGAGGAUGUCAUUGUCGUUCACACUGUCAUUUUUCAUCUGCAGUGAAUGACGGCACCAAGAC